GCGCAGUGUAGUCAUUUCAUUUAAUCUUAAUCGGUGUCGGGGCUUGUUUUGUUAUGUUUGAAAUGUGACUAGCUAUAACUGGAUAUUUGCAAAGUGUUAUUUAAGGUAUAAUCUUUUGUUGUGCUUAAAAGUUUGGUUCACCUAAAUUAUUGCCUUUAUUGGCAUCUAGCUGUGCAGACAGUUUUUUCUUUGUUCAGGUUUUGAGGGAUGGAUGGAUAUUCAUUUUGGUGCCCUCUGUACGAAAACAUAACAUACAGCAUCUUCCCAGAAUCAGCGUCACUCUGGAUUAUUCACAGAAAACACUGUUUUCCGAGGGUAUAUUUCCUUAAGCGUAUUUCCUUAACAUUUUUUUAAAUGUGAACAAAUAAAACCAAAACUAUCUGCAUGGAUAGAUACAACUGGACGUGAGAUGUAUAUUAAAAAAAUGAUCAAGCAGGCCAGUCCUCAUCAACAUGCUAGCCCAUGCCUGAAAGCAGCCCAGGUUACUCAUACUUUAGUCACGUAUGCGCCAGUUGCUGCCAGAACCACAGGCUCCCUCCCUUUCCUCUUAAUCCUUUUGCAUGUGACCAGAUGUUUGAUACUUUGUAGCUGUUUCCCCCCCCCCCCCAAAAAAAGGUGCUGUGUGUUAAUAAGGUCAAACAGGUUGAAAGUGGCAUCACAGUAUAUGAGAACCAACACUCUUAGAGAAGUAUCAACACGAGGCAGUUAAAUGGACUCAUUUUACAGUUUGUUACGUUUGAGUCUCUACUGGAUUUACUUUGGUGCUUAAACUUCAUUCAAUUUAUGACGGUUCAUAAAUUGGCGGAUAAAUCGGUGGCUGCUUUACCACACCACUGAACUGCGCUGCACGCCUGUUUAUGUUGGAGCUGGAAAAAUCCACACUUGUGACAUGUUGACAUCUGUGAUCUCCACGCAGCUCAUCCCAAUACCGGACUCCGUUUCCCAUUUUGAAAGGACUUCAAUUUUCCCCGAGUAAACAGGACUAAUUUGAACAGAAAAUGGAGCCCUAAAUGUUUCGAUCGCACCUCAGAGUGGAGCCGUCUGAACGCCUCACUGAGCCCCCCAAGCUGUCAGGACUGUUGUGAGUGGAUUGAUGUUUCUAUGUAACGCGUGUGCGAGUGCAGUGCAGCCUUGGAUCCAUCGUGGAACCCCCACAGUGCGCCCGGGCGCCCAGCCUUCGGGCCGGAGACGCUCCACACCAGCAACUACUCUCUGGUGUUACUGAUUCAGCUCAGCCUGCUCUCCUUCGACCUGUUUGUUAACUCCUUCAGCGAGCUGCUGAGGGCUGAACCGGCUGUCCAGCUGGUGCUUUUCAUUAUCCAGGACAUUGCCAUCCUGUUUAACCUGAUCAUCAUUCUGUUGAUGCUGUUUAACACCUACGUGUUCAGGGUCGGCCUGGUCGCCAUAUUGCUGGAGCGGUUUAGAGCUCUGCUAAUUCUCUCUGCUCUCUACUUGACCUUCAGUAUCAUACUCCAUUCCUGGCUUAUGAAUCUACGUUGGCUAAAUAUCAACAGGUUUAUUUGGACAGACGGCCUUCAGGUGCUGUUUGUGUUCCAAAGAGUCGCUUCUGUGUUGUACUACUAUUUGUACAAGAGGACCUCAGAGUAUCUGGGUGACCCUCGCCUCUACGAGGAUUCACCGUGGCUGCGAGAACUGUUCGCUCGGGUCAGGCAGUGAUCUUACUGCAAAAAAAAUAAAUAAUAAAAGCACAUGAUGCCACAGAGGCCAGAACUUAAAAACAGGUUGUCACAUGUGGAAACCAAAGAUGUUAUAAUAAAGUGUGCAUUUGGAAAUCCAUACUUAAAAUGGGGGACAAAAUGGGCACUUUAAUACAGUGUAUUUUAAAUGCAUUUCCAACCACAAUACCAGCUACAUUUUUGGGAACAUUCAUUUUCAGAUUUAAAAUAAGAAAUACAUUCAGGCCUAAAUGCAUGUGUUGCAAAACAUAUAUUAUAAAAAAACAAAUUGACAGGAAUUGUAGCCAAAAUAUCUAUUCCACAUAGCAUUUCCUUUCGAAGGAUUGUGCCAAAAUCUGGUAAGACGUUUUAGAACAACGUCUCAUCAGGCUUGUUUUGCUGGUCAGAUGGUAAAAAUGAAAAAAUGAAAUGGGAGAUGAUUUAAUAUAUUCUGUUGAUACCUGUCACCACAUGCCCUUUUUCUUGUCUUUUGUUAAUGCUGCAGUUGUUUUAUAUACAUUUCAGACUAUGUGUGUUGCUUUGAGUUUGUUUGCUGUGUCGAUAUUGAACAGGGUUUAACUUUAUUAUGACUUAAACAGUUACUGAUCUCCAACUGUCUGUAAAAUCUGACCCAUCGUGUGCGUCCGAGCUGGCUGUGUUUCAUUUUCACAAGAAGUGUUAAAUGUUUAAAAUCCAAUAAAAUGUCUUUUGAGA